AUGUGUAUUUCAAAUUUAGGAUCUCGAGUAAUACCGUAUAGUGAUAUUAAAUUUGAUGAAGAAAUUGGUAUUGGUGCGAAAGGGACUGUUUACAAAGGGAGCUAUGCCGGUGAAGAUGUUGUUGUAAAGCGCUCCCGUAUAAAAGAAAGAAUAGAUAACUCACAUUUACUCCACCUGAACCACCAAAACCUGAUAAAGUUUCUGUUAGUGCUAAAAAGUCGUUCACUUUUUUACAAAAACUGUCGGGUUGAUUGCAGAACUAGUACAACAGACCGAGAGUUCUUCGUUCUCAUGGAGUACUGCGCUGGUGGUUCGCUGAAGGAAAAAAUACACAACAAUAAGGAAGAUAUAAUACAGAAGUGUGAAAUCGCUAAGUGGUUACGACAAAUCUGUGAGGGAAUGGCCUACUUGCACUCAAAUCAUGUGAUCCAUCGAGAUCUGAAGCCUGCCAAGUGCUUUCUAAUUUCUUUUUUGCUGCUAUUUGGUUGCCUAAUGUCAAAAAAUGAAGCAUUCUUUUUCAGCAUUCUUUUCAAGAACGACUCAGAACUGAAAAUCUGCGGUUUUAGCUGCAGCCGCGGGUGGGAAGAAUCCAGGAGUGGAUCUAUGUCCUUUUGUGGCAGUUUCUGUUACAUGGCUCCUGAAAUGAUGAUGGGUAAUGGCUCUCAAAAGGUGAUUUUAAAAAACUACUACUUUUGCUUGAAUAGGUCUUAUCUGUACCUUAGAGAAGCGCAAAACUCUACCGCCAUAACAUUUAAAUUUUGA